UUGACACUGUGUAUGACACAACAUGGAAUAUGAUGCUCAUUGUUGUGAUAUGAGAAAGUUACUGUCACUCUUCAACCUGACAGAAUGAAGGCUCCAUCUGGCUCUCUACUCCUUGACUUUGCCGUGCUGCUUGCGUCUGGAUUGACUGUUUCUGCAAUCUCUCUGAAUGUCAGUCCAAACCGUCAGCAGUUCUUUACGAGAGAGUCAGUCAGUCUGACUUGUGAGGGAGAGGAGAGCUCUGAUGGAUGGACGCUGAAGAGGAUAUCAGUAGUAAAGACAGAGAAGUGUGGAGCUGCUCGGGGUUUUGGGAGACGCAAUGGUUCCUCCUGCAUUGUCUCAGAUCUGUCUCCAUUAUCAGACCGAGGUGUUUACUGGUGUGAACACCGCAGUGGACAGAGGAGCAUCAAAGUCACCAUCACUGUAUCAGAUCGUCCUUUUAUCAUGGAGAUCCCUGCACUCCCUGUGAUGGCAGGAAGUGACGUUACUCUGCGCUGCAGGAGCAGGAACGGUUCCACCAUUCCGGUUAACUUCUUCAAGUUUGGCAGACAUAGUACCCCGAUUGGAGCUGCACCUGAAGGAGAGUUUCCCAUCAGAAAUGUCCAACAGUCUGACGAAGGUUUCUACUGGUGUUCUACUGGUCAGACUGAAUCACCAUCGAGCAGGCUGAAUGUCAGAGUUCCUCCUCCUACCGACUCCACAUCUCUCAUCUCUGCAUCUGCUCUGGUCAGACUGCUCUGCCAUCUAGUGGUCAUCAGUCUACACCACAUCUCAGUUGGCCUGAUGGUGUGAGCAUCCUAAUGUGAAAUUAAAACAACUACAUCUUUAACCUGACCCUUGUUACUGAGACAUUUGUUAGUAACCACUUAAAUGAAAAAUGUAUCGGUUGAUGGCUCAAUUUCAAUUUCUGCCUUUUAUGCAUCAAUUUACGGUGGAAAUGUUUUUAUUUAUACUGUUUAAAGGGAAACAUAAAAUUCAGGCAGCAGGUGACAAUUUGAAAUCUAAAAAUAUAAUACAAUAUAUUGCAGUAAGGCUCUUAGACAUUUUUUGCUCUUUUCACAUUUACUGUCUUUCCUGCUGAGUCAACACACAUGUAGGCAUCAUUAAUUUUAGGAACCUCUUGAAAUGUGCAUGUGGUGCCCUUUCAAGUUAAAAAUAUAUUUAUUCAUUUUAAUUCAGUUAUAAACCUCGAAACUUUAAUUGGUCCGGUGUCUCAGCAAGUUUUCUGCUAAUGUUCAAAAUGUUCUGCACAUUCAGCAUCUCUCCCACAUAUCUGUGUUCUCUGACAAGUCAAGAAUAAAGGAAUAUUUUUGAGGGGAAAAGGCAAUAUAAAUGAGAAUAAAGGCACAAUUUACCGAGAAUAAUAUUAAUAAAAAUAUUUAAGAUGAUGUACCUACUACAGACACCGAACCGCUUGGGACCAGUGGAUGAGACAAGCGAGCUGCGUUUCAUUGGUGGUGGAAAACCGAAAGUAACUGCAAACACUGAUCAGGCAUAAUUUUCACCACAAUUCCACACUAAUGAAAUGCAGCUCUGAUGCUAAAGUGGGAUGCAUCCAGGAUCAGAGGGACAGUUCCAAACAGAGCAAUGGUGUCUCUAAGCAAGGGGGAUGCAGACCUUUUGGUUUAUGUUAUUCUCUCACUAAUUUACGGCAGACUGUUAAGGGAAUGUGAUGCCAACCAAGCCAACCAAUCGCAGUUCUUGCGGUCUUCAUCGCCACAACGUGUAGUUAUAGUUGCUUAUUUGUUUUACAUUUGAGGGCUUUCUGGGUCACCGAUGAUGAUGAUGAUGAUGAUUGUGAUGUCAGUGUUGGUCGUGAUAAAGAGGCCAGAGCCACGUUAAUUGUUUGCAUGUGUCAAUAAAGCAUUGAAUCUGAA